AGACCAAAUUAUGCUGCUGUAUUCUGUCUAAACACUAUGAUGAUAGAGUAUAGUCUAUUUUGUUUUGGUUUGGCCUUCAUUGGCAUCUAAUUGAUCAACGUGACUAUGUUGAAGAAAUAUUCCAUUUUAAAAUGUUAAAGUUUGAUACUGCUAGCACUACCUUGUUUCAGCUUUUUUUGAAUUUUUUUUUCACGACAUUUUUUGUAGUGUUAAAAGAUCUCGAUGUCCAGUCUAGAUAAAGUAUAUAGAUAGACCAAGAGGAUGAGAAUUCGAGAGCUCAUUUGGAUUAUAAAUUAGCAAUGUCUCGCUAGGGACCACUAGAGGAUAGUCCAUUUUGUUUUAGUUUUGCCUCCAUUGGCAUCUAAUUGAUCAACGUGACUAUAUUUCAACGAUGAAGUUUAGAACGUGCGUGGCACUAAUACUCUUGAACAUUAUCGCUGUUGUCUACAUGUACAGACCCUGGCCAUUCAGUGUUGUACUGGAAUCUCUUGCUUCCACUUCGGAGCUGUAUUUCUAUGUUGCCUUGCUGAUUAUUUCGGUGGUGUUGCUGUGGUCAACGAUACCCAAGCCUAGGGUGGACCCUGCCAACAAGGCUGUCUUUAUUACCGGUUGUGACAGCGGAUUUGGUCAUGAGCUGGCGGUCAGACUCGACAGAAUGGGCUACCAUGUAUUCGCCGGGUGCUUGGCGCCUGACCGAGAAGGGGCCAAAUCGCUGAAAGAUGCAGCAUCAGACCGCCUCCAUAUAGUGCCCAUUGAUGUCACCGACGACUUCCAAGUGUUGCAGGCCGUGAAGUAUGUCAAGGACCAUAUCGGGGAGAACCAGUUAUGGGCCAUUGUGAACAAUGCAGGUGUCGCUGCAUUCUGUGAGAUCGAGUGGUGUUCUGUUCAGGAAUUCCAAAAGAUUAUGGAUGUAAAUGUUUUUGGCACCGUGCGAGUCACUAAAGGGUUCCUGCCCCUGCUCAGGCAGUCAGAAGGUCGUGUUAUUAACGUGGCGAGUUUAGCAGGUAGAUUUACUUUGCCUGCGUUCGCUGCUUACUCCAUGUCCAAGAAAGCUUGCAUUUCAUUUUCUGAUGCCCUGAGGCAGGAGAUGAGGAAAUUUAACAUCAAAGUCAUAACAAUAGAGCCUGGCCUAUAUAAGACACCCAUUACCUACGAGAACUAUUUGAUAGACAGAAACAGGAAGUCAUGGGCAGAGACGCCAACUGAUGUCCGCGCUGACUAUGGGGAAGAGUACUUUGAUGCUUUCUUGAAACAAGUCACUAUCAGCCUGAAACAGGCCAGACCAAAUGUUAUGGAGGUUGUGGAUAACAUGAUAGAAGCCGUCUGCACUAAAAACCCUAGCUACCGCUAUGUACCUUACUGGAGGUACAGAUUGAGAGCAUUUAUUAUCAGCAAUUUACCAGUAUAUCUGUCAGACAAGUUAUUUGCAGCUAGGUUCCCAGUGAUACAGCCUGAGUCAAGAAAAAGUAAAAGUCCUAAAACACCAACUUCAUAAUUUAUUCAAAAUUCUGGCCCAGUCAUUCAAAUAUGCUUCUUAAUAAGAGUACCAAACUAAUAAUAACCAGCACUAAUUGUAUACACUUUUGUUAAAUGAGCUAAUUUAAAGGGAAAGAAAUGUGGAAGCCAUAAAUGCGUUCUGAUUUUGGAUUGUUUCCAAGUUGAUUACCAGUUUUAAUCAGGAAAUUAAAUUUCUGUGCAGCUUGUGGGAUAAGUGGGUACAAAUAUUUACUUCAUAUAAGUUUAAUUUAUAAGAACUUUUUUUUGGUAUUUGAUAUAUUUGUAGUGUCCUGAAAUUUUUACAAAUUUUCAGAAAAAGUUUUCAGUAUGUCCAUGACAAAUAUGACAGGCUUAAAUUGACAAAAAUGUAUUAUCUUCAUUGUGCUAUAACUUUUUAAAAAAUGACAAUCAUAGAACAAAUACAUUUUUUACAAAUAUUUUAUUUACUAUUUGGUAAUAAAUAAUUUAAAGAAAAUAAAACCAUUGCAAUAAAAAUAUUAAAUAAUUUUUUUUUAUGUACAAACAAAAGGAAAAAUAUCUUUUGCUAAUGAACAUUUUUAUACUAAAAAAUUUUCUGCUUACCCAUAUGAAUAGUUUAUAUAAAUAAAUUCUGUCCAAUGUACAAGUCCUCUCUACUAGUGUGACAAGAAACUAGCCUAAAUAGGCAUUACAUUUUACCCUUAAUCUAGAAAGGGAAGAAAUAGAGCUACUGAGUCAUGGCAGCAUUUCAAAUGUUCCAUGUACCCAUUUCACUGAUAUGUACAUGUCAAAUAGAAAAGGCUUUUCCUUUUUUGAAAACCUAAAUUAUCGUCUAAGUACCAUAGGAAUCAACAUACACCAAGAUAAUCAAUGCAUUAUAAUUUUCUUUUAAAAGUAUUGCCAAUUUUUAUGUUUUAUGCUGGGCUGAUCGUCAAAAUAAGAAGUCAGUUGUAUCAGUCUUGUCAACAUAACCAAAUAUUAGAGUAACAUUUUUUUUGUAGUAUAUUAUAUUUUAUCUGUCAAUGUUUUGUAUCCAGCUAAUGUUUCGAAGUGAUGUAAGUUAGCAGUUUUUUUUUAGCAUUUUUUUGAGCACAUCACAAAUUCAUAGCAUCAAUGUAUAUUCAUUUGAACUUUUAAACAUUUUUUGAAAGGUCACUUUUUUUUUUUCAUUUAUUGUACUUCAGAUGAAAAAUGUAUCAGAAUAAAAGUAUUAUGAACUU